ACGACGAAUGUAGGAGUAAACGCAGUAACUUUCCGAAGCUCGUCUAGUCAAGAUCGCACGCUGCAGCGUCUAAUCGCCGCGGCUGCUGCAGUCUCAUUUGAUUUAGUUUCUCGAAUCAACCAGUUAUCCGACCAGUUAAUGAACAAAAAAAAACAAUAAGAAACAAUUAAAUCAGAGCGAACGUCUUCCGCGCAACUGUAUUACACCGCACACUGAUCACUUGCUUACUUGAUAUUGUUCGUGCGUUUUUCAAAACAUAUUAUUUCCACAAUACGGCGACGUACAAUACCAAAAUGCAUCGAUCGAGUGAAAAGCCAGACGCGGACGACGUGCCAAAACUCAUGGAUGGAGGUAACUACAUAAAGGAGGGAAGAGACUCUUCGAAGAGUACUUGUCUCAUUUUUUCACCGAAAGAAGAUGACGAGCCCGGAAGUCUUGGACGUUACCUCAAACUUUUUGCGAAACACAAAGUCAACCUCCUCCAUAUAGAAUCGAGAAGCUCCGCUCGCGAAAUCGACGGAUACGAAUUCAUGGUCGAAUGUGCUCCGGGCGGAGACCUUGGAAAGUUAAUUGAAACUCUUAGAGAACAAUGCGGAUACUUUUCAAUAAUAUCCAGAAAUCAUAAAGACAAUUUGGGUACCGUUCCCUGGUUCCCCGGACGCCUCAAGGAUCUCGACAGAUUCGCGAAUCAAAUUCUAUCCUACGGUUCGGAACUGGACGCCGAUCACCCUGGAUUCACCGAUCCAGUUUACAGGGCCAGAAGAAAAUAUUUCGCGGACAUCGCCUAUCACUACAAACACGGUGAAAAAAUUCCAAGAGUCGAUUACACACCCGAUGAAAUCGCCACCUGGUCAGUCGUGUUCAAAAAACUGACUUCUUUGUACCCAAAGUACGCUUGCAGGGAACACAAUCACGUGUUUCCACUGCUCAUAGAAAAUUGCGGGUACAGAGAAGACAACAUUCCUCAACUCGAAGAUAUUUCCAACUUUCUCAAAGAUUCAACAGGCUUCAGUCUUCGUCCGGUAGCCGGACUCCUUUCGUCCCGCGAUUUUCUGGCCGGUCUCGCUUUCAGGGUGUUUCACAGUACUCAAUACAUCAGACACAGUAGCAGGCCCCUUUACACUCCGGAACCCGACGUUUGUCACGAAGUUUUGGGCCACGUUCCUCUCCUCGCAGAUCCGGCUUUCGCUCAAUUUUCUCAAGUCAUAGGAUUAGCUUCUCUGGGAGCCCCGGACGAGUACAUAGAAAAAUUAGCCACCUGUUUCUGGUUCACCGUGGAAUUCGGUCUCUGCAGACAAAAUGGUGAGUUGAAAGCUUACGGUGCUGGACUUUUGUCCUCCUACGGAGAAUUGGAAUACAGCGUGAGCGGUAAACCGGAACUUCGAUCAUUCGAGCCGGCAAAAACAGCCCUUCAAAAAUAUCCAAUCACCGAAUAUCAACCGAUUUAUUAUGUCGCCGAAGAUUUUGAAGACGCUAAAGAAAAGAUGAUUAAAUUUGCUCAAACUAUACCAAGAAGAUUCGGCGUCAGAUACGACCCGUACACACAAAGACUCAACAUAAUCGACAGCAAACAUCAAAUCGAAGAUUUGGUAUCGAACGUGAAUCAGGAAGUCCAAAUUUUGAUGGACGCUCUCAGGAAGCUCAAGGAUUGAUCUGGCGAUUCUCUGUAACUCAAGUUCGAAGUUUGGAGUUUUUUUUCUUUCCUUUUCUCUUUCAAAUGGGUGAAAAACGAACAAGUAGAGCGAAAAAAAAAAUGAUAAUCAAUACAAACCCAUAUCCCACCCUCUAAGAAAGGUUUUGUUUUAUUAACUAUGGUUACAGACUGAAUUUAAUAGUCAUGUUAUUACGUUAUAUUAUAGUUAUUACAUUUAUUUUUCAUCUAUUAAUUAAUGUGUACGAUGCAAGAUUAUUGAAUAAACAUGCGGCUGGAA